AUGUGUUGCGAUGCACGCAAAGGACUAUUGCUACAUUCAUCGUUAAAUGAUACUAAUAAUUUACGUACACAUGUUAAAUCGUGUCCAAAGAAAGAGAAAUCAAGUUUUGCUUAUCAAAAAACUGUUCACGACUUUUAUUCUCCUUUGAAAUCAUCACCAAUUCCAAGAGAAAUUAAAUUUUCUGUUACAGAAGCUUGUACAGAGUUUUGCGCUCUUGAUGCACGUGCAUUUGAUGUUAUGAGAGGUGAUGGAUUUAAAAAUUUAGCAAAAACUUUAUUUGAUGCUGAUCGAGCCACCAGUACAUCAUCAAUUGAAAUAACAGAUCUUCUUCCACAUCCGACAUAUUUCAUGAAUAAAAUUAUUUCUAAAUAA